AUGGAGGACAUAAUGAGUUCGAUCAAUGUGAUUUCUGAGCUUGCGCCAAAUGCCAAAGCGUAUCCUCGCCUGUGCAGGCUACUGUUUCUGGUAUGCAGUCGACAUGCCCGGUACUGCCCCAUGUGGAUCAAAUGCGGGGUCAAAUCUCACCUCUCACCAUGGAUCAAAUAUGCGGCCUUGGAGCGCCUUACCCAUCUAUUAGCUAGGGUGAAGAAAUUUCUCAGGCAAUGCAGUCAUAAAAAGCACUGGGAGUGGAUCGCUGCAUCCAGGUAUGACAGGAGAUGGGAAGUUGUGGAACUUCUGUCAGAGCUUCAGGAAUGUGUGGACAUAAUCAACUCGGAGACAAUUCGAACGUCAGAGGGUAUUUGGGCCCGUGUUCUUGAGCGGCUGUCCGAUAUUGAGCAGGAGCAGGAUCUGUAUUAUGACCUCCACAGUUUGGCAAACGAAGAUUGUGACGAAUUGGUGAAGAAUGCAAGUUCAGAGGAGCUUGUCGAGUACUUAUCUCAAAGACAAAGCGGCUACUGUCCAAGGAUAACCAUGGAAGAUUGGCCUACUGGUCCCUUGUCUGAUUUGAGACUUCGUUGGCUUGGUCAGACUGCUAUACUUGUUGAGCUCGAUAAUGAUGAGGAUCUUGAGGUGACGAGGGGUCCUUUCCUAGGUCCAAGUUCCUCUAUUGUGCAGAUUUUUGGAUGGUGCCACUGCCACAAUACCGGGAAGCGUUACAUACUUACUGAGAAUCACUACCAUCGCACGUUUGCGGAGAGUAGCCACCGUAACAGACAGGUACUCACCGUUUCUCGCCUUCUGGAAGUCACUUACCAAGUUGCACAGACUGUUCUACACUUGCAUAGACAUGGUUUUCGGCAAGUUGAGAUUGACCUGAAGUUGUAUAAUACCGUUGAGUUCAUAGUUUAUUGGUGGCGACAGAAAAGGGGAAAUGCAACAAACUUGAAGAGUUUACUCUGUGAAUCAUUAAAACUGUUUGUGAAGCUGGUUAAAGCUAGUUAUGGUAAACAGAAUGAAGAGGCCCUGAAAAAAAUCAUGAACCAGAGUGACUAUGACUUUCCAGACAUGGAUGUGAUAAUCGAUAUCUUGCAAGCCUUUCGAAGACAGCACGCAGGUGCUGAGUGGAGAAGCAGUUUUCAACACUCUGAGCUCCCCGGUGUUGAAGGCAUUUACAGAGGCCGACCCUGCCACAGAAUUGAGCUUUACAGUUCUGAUGUGCCCCCUACACAGUUUGAGAACCUGCCUAAGGUUGUUGCAGAACUCAGCGUUCUGCAGCACCCCCACAUCGUGCGGUACUAUGCAUCUGAGGCAGGCGUUAAAGCAAUAAACUAUCCAUGGAUUGUGAAUUGCAUGCUCUUCAUUUAUGAGGAGGACGUACCUGGAAUAACACUUGCAAGUCUGUCAUUCAACGAAGAUGAAGUUCGAAGAUACACUUAUCAGAUUUUAUCUGGCUUGGAGUAUCUUCAUAGCAAAGGCACAAGACACGGGGCGCUCACAGCUGCAAACAUACUUGUGGAUACUUCGCAUGAAGUUGUUAAGCUCUCUCAUUAUGGCAUCGCUUUGCAAUCGAUUGAGGUCGUUCCUGAGAUGCCGGCUGAGUAUUCUGAUAGUCUUUCAGCGGAUGUUUGGAGCCUGGGCUGUGUUGUACUUGAAAUGAUCAAGAAUGUGGAGCCACAGAGUAAAUACUCAAGCACGCUCUCACACUUCUUUGGACGGGAAGUAGUCAACGUCCAAUCUGGUGAGGAGGAGACCCCUGAAAUGCCUGGGGACAGCUUCCUAGUCGAUUGCAAUUACUUUUUGCAUCGGUGCUUCGAAAGAGGAACAAAUAGACCCGCAGCGGCGCAACUGCUUGAUCAUCCUUUCGUGCGCAGGGCAUUCUAUGACGAGUUGGAACGGCCGCGGUGGAAGAAAAGUGGAGGAAGAGGAGAUUGAAGACAGUCCGCCUUCGUAAUAAAGGAGACUGCGUUCGUAAUACAAGAACUGAAUGCUCUGAGGUUCCCAGGCUCAGUGAUAAGGCACUUUAGGAUCUAAUUUUCUGAAGAUCGAUAACAGAGUUUGAUUGUUGUGGAGCGUGGCUCAUACAAGCCUUGCCUGUUGCACAAUGUAAUACCAAGCGAAUUUUAGUUUU